AUGAAGUCGUCAUCUGCUGUUGCUUCAAUACUUUGCUUACUUUUAUUCGUUUUCAUUGAACAGGUAAACAGUACCGUAUUCGAAGAGGAAACUGAGCAAUGCAAAUCAGAAUCUGGAUAUGGUCGGAAGACGUUCGUUUGUGAUGUUCAUGGACGGUUGGCUGCCACGACGAAGAAGAAGCUGACUGAUAUUUUGGCAGGACUCAAAGAUCGAAUUGGAUGUGAAUGCGCGGAUGGAUGUUUGAGAGCUGAUGGAACUGACGCAUUCAUUGGAUUGCUUCAUGUCACGUCUUCUAAGAAUACAGAUGAUCUGAAACGGGACAUGGAGAAGGAGUACGACGAUGCGACAUUGGGUAAUACCACGUGUGAUCAUGGACUUGUUAUGGUUUAUUUAAAAGAUACACAACAGUUGGCUACAUUCCGUGGAGGUGAUUCGUUUGUACUUUUGGGUGACGAUGAUAUGCAAAAACUCCACAAAUUGGCUGCACAGCAAGGAAGCGAAAGUGACACGUUGGCAGUACAGUAUCUUCUUGCAAACUACAAACAAGUUUCUGAGGCACCUAUUGAUAAUUGGUAUGCUGGAUGGCUCCCAGUCAUCGGUCUGAUCGUCGCCGUGCUCCUUGUGCUCUGUUUGGUCUCGAUUCUUCUCUCAAUGAUCUGUGCAAAAUGUUUCUGUUGUUGCCGUAAAAACAAGAAAGAAAAGUACGAGGUCACUAAGCCAGCGACAUACAAAUCCAUUGAGCCACUUUACGUUAUCACUCCUCCAUCAACCUUGAAUCCGAGACACCACGACGCAAUCUACUCAACUCCAUACUCUGGAAGUCCACUUCCAUUCCCACCACCACCUGGAACUACAGUACCACACACUCCAAAUUCCACAUACAGAUAUCGAGUUGAUACGAAUAGAAAAGCACCAAAAGACUAUGAAAAUGGAUCAAUGGGACAGUUGCCAAUCGAUGAACCCAGAAUAGGCCAUCCGAUUUAUUCUCCUCUUCCAGCUCUUGAUCCAACUUAUGGAACUAUUCCACGUGCCCGUCUUGCUCCAAACGGAGCUGCUCCACCACUGUCUCCAUCGUAUUCAUCUGGAAAUGACCCACAUUUCUUGGAUCCCCGAAGGAAACAAGAAACACAGACACGCGAAGAGCUCAUCUAUUAA